UCAUGGUGUCGCCAACGAGAGAAUAUUUAGAAGGCCAGCCCGUUGAUAACAAUUAACAAGUGCCUCGCAGCAGUAAGCAGAGAAAAUGGCGAGCGCAUUCUCCUGAAUUCUCGAUUAAUCUCCUGCGAAAAGACGAAGGUUGUUUCUCGCUAGUUGAACAUUUCGGGCUUGGUUUUUUUCUGUGUCCUUGGAGAGAGAUAAGAAAGCUUGCUACUUCAGAUGAUGAAAUGAUCAGCUUGCAAUUCCCAGGCAUGGAGCCACAGGUGAAUAGCUUUAUAUGCAUAUUGGUGGAAGGUACGUGAUGGAGAUGGUGAUGAAUUUAGGAACUCCAGCAAUAAGACCAUCAAUCACAGUCUUAAAAGCUUUGGAGCUCAAAAGUUGUUUCCUCAUUGGCUUUAGAUCCUUCGAGCACGUCAAACAAGCCCACGCACGCCUUUUACGCCUUGGCUUAUGCCAGGAAAAUCACCUCUUCAAUACCCUUUUGGGCUAUUACUCUCAACAUGGCAGCGUUUACUAUUCUAAACUCAUUUUUCAUCAAAACGAAGCUCCUAAUAUCUUUCAGUUCAAUACCAUGAUCAGAGGCUUAGUUUCAAGUGAUUUAUUUGAAGAAUCUAUCAAAUACUACCAAUCUAUGCGUUUAAAGGGCUUAUUGCCCAAUAGCUUCACAUACCCAUUCGUUCUAAAAGCUUGUGCUAGGACUUUUGACUAUCAAUUGGGAUUGAAGAUUCACAACCUUAUUAUCAAACUGGGUUUUGAUAGAGAUGUGUAUGUCAAUACAAGUUUGGUAUCUAUGUAUGCUAAAUGUGGGAGUAUCUAUGAUGCCCACAAGGUGUUUGAUAAAAUGCCUGAUAAAAGUUUAGUCUCUUCGACUGCUAUUAUUAGUGGGUAUCUCAAUGAUGAAAAAUUUUAUGAAGCCAUCAGCUUGUUUAGAAGCUUUCUAGAUAAGGGUUUGAAACCAGAUAGUUUUAUUCUUGUUAGGAUUCUUUGUGCUUGUGCAGAGUUGGGGGAACUUGAGUUUGGUGAGUGGAUUCAUGGUUAUGUUAACUUAAAUGGCAUGCAAAAAGAUAUGGUUCUGAUUACUUCACUGAUUAACAUGUACACCAAGUGUGGCUGUAUGGACAAAGCACAAAUUGUUUUUGAUCAGAUGCUUGAAAAGGAUGUAGUUUCGUGGAGCGCUAUGAUUCAAGGGUAUGUGGCAAAUGGCUUUGCAAAAGAAGCAUUAGACUUGUUUUUUGAAAUGGAGAGAGAGAACGUAAAGCCUGAUCGUGAUGCCCUAGUUGGUGUGCUAUGUGCUUGUAUAAGGCUUGGGGCAAUGGAUUUGGGAGAAAGGAUUAUCAACUCCAUAAAGAGGGAAGAAGUUGUGGCCCACCUUGCUCUCGGGACAACCGUGAUUGACAUGUAUGCAAAAUGUGGGAAUUCAAACGCUGCAUGGAAUGUUUUUAAAGCAAUAAAAAAGAGAGAUAUUGUAGUUUGGAAUGCUGCAAUAUCUGGCCUAACCAUAAAUGGCCAUGUUAACGUUUCAUUUGGUCUCUUUGCGCAGAUGGAGAAACUUGGUUUUCAACCAAAUGGUAACACUUUCCUUGGCCUACUUUGUGGCUGUACCUAUUUAGGUCUCGUUGACCAGGGGUGGAAAUACUUCAACAGUAUGGAGCGUGUUUUUUCUGUGACUCCCACCAUUGAACAUUAUGGCUGUAUGGUUGAUCUUCUUAGUCGUUGGGGUCUGUUGCAUGAAGCUUAUCAUUUCAUUCAAAGAAUGCCCAUGGAAGCAAAUGUUAUUGUUUGGGGAGCAUUGCUUAGUGGGUGCAGAUUACACCAGAAUACGCAUUUAGCUGAACACGUGUUAGAGAAACUAGUGCAGUUAGAACCAUGGAACUCAGGAAAUUAUAUUCUUUUGGCAAAUAUUUACUCUGCAAACAACAAGUGGCAUGAUGCAGAAAGAAUUAGGGUAGGAAUGAAUGAGCAAGGGAUUCAAAAGAUACCUGGGUACAGUUGGAUUGAAGUGGGUGGUAUGGUACACGGGUUUGUAGCUGGUGACAAGUCACAUCCUCUGUCUUAUCAAAUACACGUGAAACUAAGUGAGUUGUUAAAGGAUUUGCGAGCUGCUGGUUAUGUACCAACUACAGAUUUUGCUUUGUUUGAUGUAGAGGAGGAGGAGAAGGAACAAUCACUUAAGUAUCACAGCGAGAAGCUUGCUAUUGCAUUUGGCUUAAUUAGCACUCCUCCGGACCACGUCAUAAGAAUUGUGAAAAACCUUCGUGUCUGCGGUGAUUGUCAUGCAGCAAUCAAGAUUAUCUCAAAGAUUACACAAAGAGAGAUUGUGCUUAGAGACACUAACCGUUUCCAUCACUUUAUUGAUGGGUCAUGUUCAUGUAAUGAUUAUUGGUAAAGCUGCAAUACUUUCAACAAACUUUUAACCUGGACAAACAUCUUCAUUACUCCAGUGAACUCUACAAAUAUACAUAGAAGCUUGAACAGAUUCAAGAGAGAGAAAGAAGGUGGUGGUGGUGUUUAGCAGAGAACUUUUUAUGUUGCAACUAUUUCUGUGGGAAUCUUGCACUGUGACUUGAACUGGUGUAUCAUACUCGGUUGUUUGGUUAUUAAAGUCUGUUGUUGGAAUAAUAGUUUCUUUACUGACUGCUGAAUGUUCUUGUGAUUAUUUAGAAAGGUGCAUCUUCCAUACUGCUCAAUGAGCAGCGACGUAGAGCAGCCGUUUCUGUUAAAAUGAACGCCGAAUAGACCAAAACAAUCGCCAGUCCUAAGUUCCUAACCAAUGCCAAAGAGACGCAUGACGUGUUCCUCUGCUUCUGUCUCUCUUGCUUCCCCCAUUUAAUCUACACACCAACGACCUUCAUGAGCAAUGAAGUGGAUGAUGAUGAAGAUAAGGAUGAAGCUAAAAUUUGGAUUAGCUUCUUCUAAUCUUUUCAGGCCGGAAUCAGAGAGCUGUUGGAGAGGUGUUGUACAUGAGGCACAGCAGCUUCGCAGAGUACCGGUUGAAGUAGUUUGUACUGCGUAUGUACUACUCCGUAUUACUAUGUAUGUUUAUAUCACAAAGAUGUUUGCACUCGAGUGUAAAAUGUAUCGACCCAUUUAGACAUUUUAAUAUAGGCAAGAAAGAAAUUUUGUAACAAAUGCUUAAACAUGUUUUUUUCCGUACAAGUUACUUAUAUUGAAGAAUUAAAAUUUCACAUUUCAACUGA